CACCUCGCAGUGUCCACCCCCACAAAUCAUUGCGCCAUUCUCAUCUUCUACUCGCUGUCUAUAGGCUCUAGCUACCAACAACUUCUUCGAGAGACCAAAAUCGCCGGGGAAGGAAGAAGACGAUGGAGCAGAGCACCGCGAAGAAGCCCAUCAGAUGCAAAGCGGCGGUGAGCAAGGUGGCCGGGCAGCCGCUGGAGAUGGUGGAGGUGGACGUGGCGCCGCCGCGGGCGCACGAGGUCCGCAUCAGGAUCCUCUGCACCUCGCUCUGCCACACCGACGUCACCUUCUGGCGCAUGAAGGAUUUCCCGGCCAUGUACCCGUCGAUCCUGGGGCACGAAGCAGCCGGGGUGGUGGAGAGCGUGGGGGAAGAGGUGGUGGAGGUGUCCCCGGGCGACACGGUGGUGCCGGUGUUCUCGGGGCAGUGCGGGGACUGCCCCGACUGCCUCUCGGACCGCAGCAACAUCUGCUCGGGGCUUCCCUUCCGCUUCCUGCCGGGCAUGCCGCGUGACGGCACGACGCGCUUUGCGUUCGCCGGCACCGGCGAGCCCAUCCACAACUUCAUAAACGUCUCCAGCUUCGUCGAGUACACCGUCGUCGACGUGGCCCACCUCGUCAGGCUCGGCCCCGGGCUCAUGAUCCCGCCCGACAAGGCCUGCCUCCUUAGCUGCGGCGUCUCCACCGGGGUUGGUGCGGCGUGGAAGGUGGCGGCGGUUGAGCCCGGGUCGACCGUGGCCGUGUUCGGGCUAGGGGCCGUCGGGUUAGCGGUAGCGCAAGGGUCCAAGAUGCGUGGGGCAAAGAGGAUCAUCGGAGUCGAUUUGAACCCGGACAAGUGUGAAAUCGGCAAGAGGAUGGGGAUCACCGAGUUCAUCAACCCGAACGACACUGGAGGCAAGGCUGUGAGCGAGGUCAUCAAGGAGAUGACCGGCGGCGGCGCAGACUACUGCUUCGAGUGCAUCGGCUCCACGGCCGUCACGGCGGAAGCGUUCAGCAGCUCCCGAAUGGGCUGGGGGAAGACGAUCGUCCUGGGCGUGGCCAGCGGCGCCGCGGCGCCGAUCAGCAUCCCGUCGUACGAGAUCCUCAGGGGGAGGUCGGUGGUCGGGUCGCUCUUCGGCGGGCUCAAGCCCAAGACCGACGUCCCAUUGCUGGCCCAGAAGUAUCUCGACGAGGAGCUGGAGCUGGACGAGUUCGUGACGCACGAGAUGGGAUUCGACGACAUCAACGGGGCGUUCGACCUGCUCACGCAGGGGAAAUGCCUCCGCUGCAUCAUCUGGAUGGACGGCGCCAGCGCCAAGGAGAACGGCAACGGCGGCGUCAAUGUCAAACCGAAACAGAAUGGCACGCUCGUGUAGCUCGUGGGUUGCGACCGGUUCGACCAGCCAUGAUGGUUGCUGUUCCGCGGGCACAUCGUAUCGUGUGGGGGAGAAGAAAAGGUUGAGAGCGAGCGGAGUGAGUGGUCGUUGUUGUAUGCCUUCUUGUGUUUUCGUACCGCGCGCUAUCGAUUCGAGAUCGCAUCUGAUCUGGGUGAUGCGUUUGUUGGUUUGCUUUUGGGGGAUGUGGUAGCAGUGCGAUCGAGCGUGUGACAGCAUUGUCUGCACCUCCCUGUAAUGUAACGACAAUAAUUCAGAACGCAGCGUCUCGGUGACACUCUGGCUAGUAAACGUGAUAAACACCGCUCACCCGUUGAA